GGGAAAUUAUAAGGAGUAGUGCACAUUGACCAAUUUUUCAAAACAUACUCAAAGUAUAUCAGUAUAUCAUUUAUAGGCUUAUAUUUUCCAAUUUUUGAUAGGAUCAUUGGUAAUUAUCUAAAGAGCCAAACAAUGUCGACAUCACAACUUCAGGUGGUAGACGGGUUUGCUCUAACUCAGAUAUUCAAUGGCUUGAAGUCAAAUAAAGAAGAUGAGAGAAAUCGGUAUGCUCAAGAGCUUAGGAACUAUCUCGAGACCAUAGCCAGAGAUUUAUCGCCAGAACAAUUCAACAGAUAUAACAAUGAAAUAAAUAAGACAAUUUUUGAAUUAAUCAAUGGGAAGGAAACAUCUGAGAAAUUAGGUGGUAUUGCCGCCCUUAGCGAGUUAAUUGAUUUUGAUUCUGGUGUUGGUGAAGAAAAUGCUACGAAGACAGCUAGAUUUUCAAAUUAUUUAGGGUCCAUUAUAGUCUCAAACGAUCCAGUUGUCAUGAGACAAGCCACUAAAGCUUUAGGUAAAUUAGCCACUCCUGGUGGUACUUUAACUGUUGAAUUUGUUGAUCAUGAAGCCAGUCGAGCCAUUGAAUGGUUAGAAAAUGAUAAUAAAAAUGAAAACAGAAGACAUGCAUCAAUAUUAAUCAUUACCUCAUUAGCUGAAAACGCUCCAGCACUUUUAUAUAAUUUCAUCAAUCAAAUCUUAGAACAUUUAUGGACUCCCCUUAGAGAUCACAAGUUAAUCAUCAGAGAAGAUGCAGCAAUAGCGCUUCAUAAAUGUAUGGAAAUAAUAUAUCAUAGAGAUACUAAUGCCCGUAAUUAUUGGAUCAAAAAAAUGAUAGACCUGGUAUCGAAGAUUCUCUCCGAAGAUGAAAAUGGACCACCAGAAAGCAUUCAUGGUUCUUUAUUAGUAUACAGAGAACUUAUUAGGUAUUCAAAAGAUCCUUACAUAAUCUCCAAAUUUGAACAAAUCUAUGAAAAUGCUUAUGCAUUUAAGAAUCAUAAACUUUCAAUCAUAAGACAAGAAUUAACCAAUAUAUUUCCAUUGUUAUGUAAGGUGAAUCCAGAAUUGUUUGUCGAAAAGUAUUUGCAUAAAACAUUAUUUUACUUCUUACCCCAAUUAAAGAAAUAUAAGAAUCCAGCUGAUAAAAGUGCCAUCUUUAGAAGUAUAGGUUUAAUUGCCUUGGAAAUAGGUCAACAAAUCGCCACAUAUUUGGAUGCUAUUUUGGAUAAUAUUAGAGAAGGUCUUUCUGUCAAUGAUGCCGCCACAAGAACAGAAUCAGCUAUCUUUGAUUGUAUUGGUAAGUUAUCUAUAGCAGUGGGCCCGGCGCUUACAAAGCAUUUACAACGUGAUAUUUUGGAUAUGAUGUUCACAAACUGUUCUUUAUCAAAGCCUAUGCAAGAUGUUUUACAAAUCUUGAUCAUCAAUAUUCCUAGUUUAACUGGUUUAAUCAAUAUGAAGCUUUUAAAUUUAUUAAGUUUGGUGUUAUCAGGAAAACCAUUUCAACCACCUGGAUCUCCAUAUGGUACUAUAAAAAUGAACGAAGACUUAGCUCGUGAUCAUAGAUUGGGCAUAAUAUCUCGUGAAACGGGUCACACACCAAGUCAUGUUCUUCUGAAUACAGAGACUUACGAAAAUUAUGAUAGUGCAAUUUUGAUUCAAGCAUUGGAAAUGCUUGCAUUCUUUAAAUUUGAAAAUUAUCAGUUAAAUGAAUUUGUAAGAUAUUGCACAAUUUCAUAUUUGGAACACUCUAAUGCCAAGGUUCGUCAAACAGCAACGAUCACAUCCUGUCAAAUAUUUAUCAAAGAUCCAAUAUGUCAACAAACAAGUGUUAAUGCCUUGAAUGCUGUUAACGAAGUAUUAGACAAAUUACUUUCAAUCUCAAUCACUGAUCCUAAUCCAGAAAUUAGACUUGAAGGUCUUUUAUGCCUUGCUAAUGCCGGGAACUUUGAUCCUCAACUUUCCCAAGCUGAUAAUGUUCGUUUAUUAUUCAUUGCUCUUAAUGAUGAAGUUUUCGCAGUUAGAAAGACAGCUAUCAGAAUUUUGGGUAGAUUAUCAUCUAUUAAUCCAGCAUAUAUUGUCCCAUCCUUAAGGAAGACCUUGAUUCAAUUAUUAACUAGAUUGGAGUAUUCUACUACUACGAGGAAGAAGGAAGAGAGUGCAAUUUUAUUAUCAUUGUUAAUUAGUAAUUCAAAAGAGUUAACAAGACCAUAUGUCAAGCCAAUUGUUGAGGUGUUGUUACCAAAAGCAAAAGAUCUCAGUUCUUCUUCUGUUGCAUCCAGUGCUAUAAAUUGUCUCGGUGAACUAGCUGUUGUUGGAGGUGAAGAUUUAAAGCCUUUCAUUCCUGAUCUUAUGCCACUUAUCUUGGAUACAUUUCAAGAUCAAUCGUCAUUUUAUAAAAGAGAUGCUGCUCUUAAGACUCUUGGACAAUUAGCAAGUUCAUCUGGUUAUGUUAUCCAACCAUUGUUGGAUUAUCCACAUUUAUUGGGAAUGUUGGUUGGUAUUUUAAAACUGGAAUCCUCUCCUCAAAUUAGACGUGAGACUGUAAGAUUAUUAGGUAUUUUAGGUGCUUUAGAUCCUUACAAACAUCGUGAGGUUGAACAGGGUCCAGUUGAACAAAAUGCUCCUCCAAUUGAUGUUGCUUUGUUAAUGCAAGGUAUGUCCCCUUCAAAUGAAGAGUAUUAUCCAACUGUUGCUAUUACACAUCUUAUGAGAAUUCUUAAAGAUCCGUCUUUGAAUUCCCAUCAUUCAAAAGUCAUACAGGCUAUAAUGUACAUGUUCCAAACUUUAGGUUUAAGAUGUGUUUCAUUUCUUCCUCAAAUUAUACCUGGUAUCAUUCACGUCAUGAACAAUAACUGCCAACAAUCAAUGCUUAAGUUUUAUUUUCAACAACUUGCUCAGUUAAUUCUUAUUGUAAAACAACAUAUAAGACCAUUCCUUUCGGAUAUAUUUGAUGUAAUUGCAAAGUUUUUCAGUAAUAUGCAAGUCAUCAUUAUUAAUUUGAUAGAAGCAAUUUCAAGAGCAUUAGAAGGUGAAUUUAAAAUGCAUUUGUCAGAUAUUUUAACUUUAUUGUUAGACGUUUUUGAGGAAGAUAAGUCACCAAAAAGAGAACCUACAUUACAUGUUCUUAAAAGUUUUGUGGUGUUUGGUAGUAAUAUAGAAGAAUAUGUUCACAUUAUUGUGCCUAGCAUAGUUAAAAUGUUUGAAUUUGGUCCUUUACUGCUAAGAAAAGCUGCUAUUGAAACCAUUGGUAGAUUAUCAAGAAAUGUGGUUUUAAAUGAUAUGGCCUCGCGUAUCAUACAUCCAUUAUUAAGGGUGUUGAGACAAGGUAAUGAUGAAUUGAAAAUAGCCGCCAUUAACACUUUAAGUUGUCUUUUGGUUCAAUUAGGUACAGAAUUCAGCGUCUUCAUCCCACCUAUUAAGAAAAUCAUAAUUGCUCAAAAAAUACAUGCUCCUAGGUUUGAACAGUUGAUCAGCAAAUUAAUCAGCGGAGAUCCACUUCCAACACAUUUGGACAUUUAUAAAGAAUAUGAUACUCAAACUCAUAACGGAAUAGUAGAUGUACCAUCAAAGAAGCUUCCUGUGAACCAGGGUGCUUUAAAGAUAGCUUGGGAUUGUAGCCAAUGUCGUACGAAGGAAGAUUGGCAAGAAUGGAUUAAUAGGUUAAGUAAAGAAUUACUUAAACAGAGUCCAUCUCAUGCUAUAAGGGCUUGUGCUGGUUUAGCUUCCGAUUAUUAUGCUCUUGCUAAAGAUUUGUUCAAUGCCAGUUUCGCCAGUUGUUGGAGUGAGCUUUACUCUCAACAUCAAGAGGAGUUAGUUCAAUCAUUCUGCGUGGCUUUAUCAUCACCUAAUAAUCCACCUGAAAUUCAUCAGAUUUUGUUGAACUUGGUUGAGUUCAUGGAGCAUGAUGAUAAGCCCCUUCCAAUAGCAAUCACAACUUUAGGACAAUAUGCUCAACGUUGUCACGCUUUUGCCAAAGCAUUACAUUACAAGGAAUUGGAAUUCUAUGAAGAACCAAAUACCCCAACUAUUGAAUCAUUAAUUAGUAUCAACAACCAAUUACAACAAUCAGAUGCUGCAAUUGGUAUUUUAAAGCAUGCUCAGUUACAUCAUGAUCUUCAGCUUAAGGAAACAUGGUAUGAAAAAUUACAAAGAUGGGAUGAUGCUUUGAAAGCAUAUAACGAUCGUGAAAAACAUGAACCUAAUAAUAUGGAAAUAACAAUGGGUAAAAUGAGAUGUUUACACGCCCUAGGUGAAUGGGAGCAAUUAUCAGAGUUAGCUAGAAGUAAAUGGGACACUUCUUCGAGUGAAAUUAAAAGAAGUGUUGCUCCAUUAGCUGCUGCUGCUUCGUGGGGUUUGGGUCAAUGGGAUAGAAUGGAUUCUUGUAUUAAAGUUAUGAAAUCCGAAUCUCCCGAUAAAGCAUUCUUUAACGCCAUUUUAAGUUUACAUCGUAAUAAUUUUGAUGAUGCUUCAAGUCAUAUUUUGAAAGCAAGAGAUUUAUUAGUUACAGAAAUCACAGCCUUAGUCAGUGAAAGUUAUACCAGAGCUUAUGGUGUGGUGGUUAGAGUUCAAAUGUUGGCUGAAUUAGAAGAAAUAAUCAAAUAUAAGAUGUUACCUCAAGGUUCAGAAAAGAGAAGUAUUAUGAGAAAGACCUGGAAUACACGUUUAUUAGGUUGUCAAAGAAAUGUUGAUAUUUGGCAGAGAAUGUUGAAAGUUAGAGCAUUGGUCAUUAAACCAAAACAAGAUAUGGACAUGUGGAUUAAAUUCGCUAACUUGUGUCGUAAAUCUGGAAGAUUAAACUUAGCUGAAAAAUCGUUGAACUCUCUUCUUGAAGGAGGGUCUCAUGACAAUCCUUCUCGUGCUCCACCACAAGUGGUAUAUGCUCAAUUGAAAUAUAUGUGGGCUAAAGGGGAAGAAAAAGAGGCUUUGAGACAUUUAGUUGAUUUCACUACAAGAAUGUCACAAGACUUAGGAUUGAAUCCUAAUGAUUUAAUAACUCAACCAUUACCAUCGGAAGGUCCAAAGCAUGUUGAAGAAUAUACUAAAUUAUUGGCCAGAUGUUUCCUUAAACAAGGUGAAUGGCAAAUCGCUUUGAAUCCAAAUUGGCGUACUGAAACUUCAGAAAUAAUCUUAGGGGCUUACUUAUUGGCAACCCACUUUGACAAUAAAUGGUAUAAAGCAUGGCAUAAUUGGGCCUUAACUAAUUUUGAAGUUAUAUCCUUUUAUACUAAUAAUGAAGCUGCGGGAGCUAACAAGGCUGAUUCUAAUAUGAUUCCAUUAGAAGCCGUUCAAAGGCAUGUAAUUCCAUCAAUUAAAGGUUUCUUCCACUCAAUAGCAUUAUCGAAUUCAAAUUCACUUCAAGAUAUGUUGAGAUUACUUACCCUCUGGUUUAAAUUCGGUGGUAUUCCAGAAGCAGCACAGGCCAUGACUGAAGGUUUCAAUAUGGUGAAGAUAGAUAAUUGGUUAGAGGUAAUUCCGCAAUUAAUUUCCAGAAUUCAUCAACCUAAUCAAAUUGUUAGUAGGUCAUUGUUCGGUUUAUUAACUGAUCUUGGUAGAGCACAUCCUCAAGCUCUUGUUUAUCCAUUGGCAGUUGCUGUAACAUCUGAAUCUGUAAACAGAAAGAGAGCAGCUGAAUCAAUCAUUGAAAAAAUGAGAGUUCAUUCAUCUAGUUUAGUUGACCAAGCUGAAUUAGUUAGUCAUGAACUUAUCCGUGUUGCUGUCUUAUGGCAUGAACAAUGGUAUGAAGGUUUGGAGGAUGCUUCACGUCUUUUCUUUGGUGAACAUAACACUGAAAAGAUGUUUGAAGUGUUAGAGCCAUUACAUCAAAUGCUUACUAAAGGGCCAGAAACUAUGAGAGAAUCAGCAUUUGCAACCGCGUUUGGUAGAGAAUUAGCAGAUGCUUACGAAUGGGUGUUGAAUUUCCGUCGAACAAAAGAUAUAACCAAUUUGAAUCAAGCUUGGGAUAUCUAUUAUAACGUUUUCCGAAGAAUCAGUAGACAGUUACCACAGUUACAGAGCUUGGAAUUACAAUUUGUUUCACCAAAGUUGGAGGAGGCUAAGGAUAUGGAAUUAGCAGUUCCUGGUACUUACCAUGCAGGAAAGCCUAUUAUUCGUAUUAAGAGAUUUGAUCCAACCUUUUCAGUCAUUUCAUCCAAACAAAGACCCAGAAAGCUUUCUUGUAAAGGCAGUGAUGGUAAAGACUAUCAAUAUGCCUUGAAAGGACAUGAAGAUAUAAGACAAGAUAAUUUAGUCAUGCAGUUGUUUGGAUUAGUCAAUACAUUGUUAGUCAAUGAUCCCGAAUGUUUCAAAAGACAUUUAGAUAUACAACAAUAUCAGGCUAUUCCCUUAUCACCAAAAGUUGGUUUAUUGAGUUGGGUACCAAAUAGUGAUACUUUCCACGUUUUAAUUAGAGAAUAUAGGGAAUCAAGAAAAAUUCUUUUGAAUAUUGAACAUCGCAUCAUGUUACAAAUGGCACCUGAUUAUGAUAGUUUAACAUUAUUACAAAAAGUUGAAGUUUUCACUGGUGCUUUAGACAACACAAGAGGUCAAGAUUUAUAUAAAGUUUUAUGGUUGAAAUCUAAAUCUUCUGAAGCUUGGUUAGAUCGUCGUACAACUUAUACUCGUUCAUUGGCUGUAAUGUCUAUGGUUGGUUAUAUCCUAGGAUUAGGUGAUAGACAUCCUUCGAAUUUAAUGUUAGAUAGAAUCACAGGUAAAGUUGUUCAUAUUGAUUUUGGCGAUUGUUUUGAAGCUGCUAUUCUUAGAGAAAAGUAUCCAGAAAAAGUUCCAUUCAGAUUAACACGUAUGUUAAAUUAUGCCAUGGAAGUUAGUGGUAUCGAAGGAUCAUUUAGAAUCACAUGUGAGCAUGUUAUGAGAGUAUUAAGAGACAAUAAAGAAUCUUUGAUGGCUAUUUUAGAAGCAUUUGCUUAUGAUCCUUUGAUUAAUUGGGGUUUCGAAUUCCCUACCAAAGCUGUUGCCGAAGCUACUGGUAUAAAGGUUCCACAAGUUAAUACAGUUGAAUUAUUAAGAAGAGGUCAAAUUGACGAACAAGAAGCUGCAAGAUUAACCAAACAGAACGAGUUAGAAAUCAGAAAUGCUCGUGCUGCUUUGGUGUUAAAGAGAAUUACUGAUAAAUUAACAGGUAAUGAUAUUAAGAGAUUGAGAGGAUUAGAUGUCCCUACACAAGUAGAUAAGUUGAUUCAACAAGCUACUAGUGUUGAAAAUCUUUGUCAACAUUAUAUAGGUUGGUGUUCGUUCUGGUAAACAUACAAUACACUAUUAUAUAAUGCUUUUUUAAUGUAUAUUAAUAUAACGCUA